UCAGCUGUUCGAUGAGCGCCAUUCGACAGUCGCCAUUUGUAUUGUGAACAAAGAGUCGGAAGAUUUGUGGCAUCCUCGAUGGUGAUUGUAAUCAUUUAAUAUCAAAGUAAUCUAGAGUUAUAAAGUGAUUGUUCAGGAUGAGUGGUAAUAUGCCAGAGCUUGGCUCCAAGAUAAGCCUAAUUUCGAAGGCGGAUAUCCGAUAUGAAGGCCGAUUAUUCACCGUAGAUCCCAACGAAUGCACCAUAGCCCUGGCAAAUGUGCGUUCCUUUGGGACGGAAGAUCGUGAGACGCAGUUCCCGAUAGCUGCACAGAAUCAGGUGUAUGACUACAUCCUGUUCCGUGGGUCGGACAUCAAGGAUAUCAGGGUGUGCAACAGUGCACCAAUUCCCAAUGAUCCGGCCAUAAUGCAGAUGCACCUGCCGCAGAUGGGGCAGCAGCCCUUCCAGCCGCCGCACUUCCCAAUGACCCUGGGUCAUCCAAUGGGAGGGCCCCCGCAGAUGGGUCAAUUUGGACCGUACGGUAUGCCGAUGGGGGGUACUGGGGUGGGAGGAGGUGCCACCGGUGGCCAGAAUUUGGCACCGGGGCAGAAUAUUCCGGGGGUACCGAGUGGUAUGCAGAAGCAGAAACCGAGUGAAUUGAAUGUGGCCAUUCCGGAGCCCACGGAUUUCAACAAAGGAGCUUCAAUGUUGGAAUUCAUUGGAGGUGGUUCACGAUCGACAACACCUCAGAGUCUCGUGUCACGAAAGAGUCCAACAACUGACAUGGGUGUCCAGGUGAAUCAGCCAAUUGGGCGCAAUGAUGCCAACAAACGUGCCACUGAGAGAAGUGGCGGAAAUAUUGGAUCGAAUCAGAGUCAGGGAAGGAAUGUCAGUCAACGAGAACGUCGGGAUUCAGGGAAGAAUGUCGCAGUGAAUAACAAUCAGGAGAAUCAGUCUCAAGGUGGCGGUGGUGGAGGUGGCGGGGAUAAGACUAAGCAGUAUCAGAAUAAGUUCUUUCAGCAGCGGCAGCAGCACAAUCAGGGUGGUUCAUCUGGGGGGCAUAUGAACCAGCAGGGUAAUCAGCAACAACGAGGAUGGGUGCAGCGUGGUGGACAGAUGCGCGGCGGACGUGGCCGUAUGAAUCGCGGUGGACCAAAUCAGAAUUUCCGACAGCAAGGUGGAACCGGUGGUGGUCCGAAUGUGAAAGCACGCGGAGGCAAGUCCAUCAAGUUUGAUAGUGAUUAUGAUUUUGAGCAGGCAAACAGCAAAUUCGAGGAGCUACGAUCACAAUUGGCAAAAUUCAAGGUGGGCGAAGAAGCCAAACCUGAACAGCAGGUGAACGGUGAAAGUGACAAGAAGGACGAUUCUGGGAAUGAGACAGGAGCUGGCGAACAGGAAAUUGAGGAAGAUGCCGAUAUUUGUGUUGGAUAUGAUAAGACAAAAUCAUUCUUUGAUAAUAUUUCAUGCGAAGCUGCUGCGGAUCGUUCCAAAGGGAAAAAUCGCACAGAUUGGCGCCAGGAGCGCAAGUUGAACAGUGAAACAUUUGGCGUUUCUUCCACGAGGCGAGGAGGAUUCCGGGGACGGGGCGGUGGUUACUACAAUCGUGGACCUAACAUGGGCAUGGGCGGUGGUGGCUAUCGCGGUGGUAACUUCCGAUCGAACAACUACCGUGGAAAUCGCAAUAAUAUGCGACAGGGUGGCGGAAAUCAAUCCACUGGCAUCCCACAGAAACAGGGAAGUUCUCAACAGUCUCAAGCAGCAUCUUCAGCCACAACAUCAGCUGCUGCUCAAUAAUGCACAAGAUCUCUGUGAGAAUGGGGAGGAGAGGUUUUUUUUUAUUAUUAAAUGGCAGACCAGUUUCCUCCUCGUCCAUUGAGAGACGACAAGAGAGAGAGAGAUUGAGGGAAACCUAGAAUUUUUGCAGGACAUCUAAAGAUGAAAGGAGAGAGAGAUAGAAUCACCAGAAAGUAAAGUGAAAGAAAGAAUUUGAAUUUACUCGAAAGGGAGGGGGAAAAGUGCGUAAGAAGUUGAUUAGAUGAAGAAGAGAAAAAAAAGAUGAUUUCAGGGAAGUUUUGGGAUAAAGAAGAAAGAAAGAAAUGGAAUUAAUUUGUGAAGGAAAUUUGUGCAACAAUUUUUUUUUUGGAAGAGAGAAGAUCAUUUGGCGUGAGACUAUUUAAAUUUAAAGAAAAAGUAGGAAUUAAGGUGAAAAGAAGAUAUGAGAAAAAGAUGAAAUAAAAUGUAUAUUUAGGGUAUUAGAAAGAUGCAGAAAAAAAACAAAAUAGAAGGUAUGAGCAUGGAAAUUUUUUUCUUAAAAAUCACACACAAUAAUUAGAUUAAAAAAAAAGAACUUUUGAUGAGUGGAUGUGUAAUUUUUUGUACCCUUUUAAAUGAAUCAUAGAGAAAAAAAGUAUAUUAAAAAAAAAACUAUCUCUUCUAAUACAAAAAAAAAUAAAUAGAGAUUUUCGCAUGAAAAAUUAUAAAAAGAAAUAUUAGAAAUGAAGAAAAUUGCAAAGAAUAAAAAUUGUAAUAAGAAAUAGUGGAAUUAAAAUUAAUUUCCUUUUUUUUAGGGGGAGAGUGUAGAACACCUAACAAAUUAACAUAUUGAAAUAUAUUAAAAAAAAAAAAGACUGUUGAUGAAAAGGGUAGCAAAAAAAGAUUGAAGAAAAAUGGGGAUAACUUUUUGAUGGUUUAUCUUUUGGUUUUUUUUUUAAGUUGAUAAUAAUAAAAUAGUAGAGAAUGAAAAUUCCCUCUGGAAGAUUGAAUCUUGCUUGAUAUUUCUUCUUUGUCUUUUCUUUUUUUUUUUAAACAAUUAACCAGUGAGAUAAAAAAUGUUCCAGGGUGAUUUUCAUCCCAUCCACAAAAAAAAAACAAGAAAUAAUUAAAAGAGAUAUUUGCAUAAAUGAAUGUGACAAUUUUUUUUUCUUUUACAAUUUAGUAAUUAUAAUUUAUAGAAAUGAAGAAAAUUAUUUGAAAUAAAUCAAGAAAUUGAAUAAGUGCACGUGUUAAGUGAAUGAGGACGUGAACAAAAAAAGAAAAAGAAACAAGGAAUUUGUAUUAAAAUUAUAGUGAAAAAAAAUUGAAUAUAACAGCUAGUAUUGAAGUUGACGUGAAAAAAAAGAAA